UUGAAUUGAAUUGAUAUACAGCAUGUCAUGUAUGAACAAGUACUUGAGAGUUCUUUUUUAUUAAUGUACCUCAGUGUGUAGCAUUGCGGUUUAUGGGACCGCAAAAACAGAAGUGUGAAGUCCUAAAUGAAGGAGUUUGUUUUUUUGUGGUGUAGUGUUGGAACAUAACAACUGACCUAUUGGUGGGAAAUAUUGUGGAGGUAUUUUGAAAGAAGGACUCAUACCUGUUAGUUUUACCAUUUUACUAUUACAGGCUAGGUGUAUAGGAAGCAAUGGUGAAAAUGUUUUCUUGUUUUGAGUGGGGACAGCACCCAGUAGCCCACAUACUACUUUUUCUUUUUCAUGUUGUAUGUGUAGGUGUGUCUGUAUGUGUGUGUUUGCUCUCAAUUGAAAUAAGGUUGGAGAAAGUUUGUGACAUUUAAAUAAUCCAGGAGAACACAGACUGGUUGGUUGGGGAUGUCCCAUGGAACAUGAAACCAAAAACAGAAAUGGAAAUAGACCCUCUCGCUCUCAUCUCUUACUGCUGUCUUCACAAAAGGCAACUUUCACUACUGUUUUCAUGCUGAGUCUCAUCCUCAUAAGUGGAUUUCCACUUCAAAUGCUGCUAUAUUAUUCUAUCAAAACAACAUCUUAUCCUUACAAAAAUUGUAGUUUGAUUUUGACUUUUUCUUUAGCAAAACAGAAUCUUUCCAAAACCAAGUCUGAGCAAGCACAAACAUGACAGUUUGUCACAAGAAGUCAUACUUUGCUGCAAAGCAAGUGAAGAAUGUUCUCAGUGAGCCAGUUUGUAUACUUCAGAAUAUUUGCUCAUCAUGGUAAUAGAAACGUAUCAAAUUCAAACACAUAGUGGCUGAAACAUCAGAGCACAUGAACAGAAACUACCGACCCUCAUUUAUGGCCACAAGCUGUGGUAAGACUAAGAUCACUGACACAAGCAGUGCAAAGGAAAGUCUUUCCACAAGCGUCUGAGCUCAGCCUUAGAGAGAGUAAUAUAAAAAGGGGAAAUUAUAAAACUUCAAAAAGAUUCAAAAACUAGACACAAAAACCAAUCUGUACAGGCAGAUUUUUAAUAACUUUCAAGUCGGGGAACUCACUGAAAAGAGUGGAGUCUCCCUAAAAACUCUGACAUAAAAUAAUAAUAAUAAUCAUUUAAAAUACUCUUACAUUGGGGAUUGUAAUGGAAGCCUCAUUUUGCUAUGUAGGGCUUAGGUCUUAAUACAACUCAAAAACGCAUGCUAUAUAACUAUACACCACUUAGAGAAAGAUGAGGAUUGGUCUUUAGAGAGGGCUCAGAGAACUCUGGUUGAGUUAGUUUGAGCAUCUGACUAAGUUUCUCCUUUGCUGCCUUUUAGGUGUCAAACUAUGAGGCGACCUUGGGAAGGACCCAGAGAUGAGCAGUUCUGCCUCUUGGUUGGCUUGGUUGGUGCCACUGGUGUCUUCCUCAAACGAGCUGGAGAAGCAUAUGAUGGAAAGGGAGAAAAAUCUGCAUCAGACAGGGAUGCAUUGAAAGGUCCCUCCCUGGUCGGAUGCAAAUCAACACGUAUUCCAAAGAAGGACUUCAGCAGCCUGAGAAUGGGGGAUCAGCCAAGGUCGUCUUAUAGGCACCUGCUGCUGCAGGCUUGGUGCAGUCUCCUCACCGUGGCCAUGGUGAUUAUGGCUGUACAUCUCGCUACAAUGAAUCAGAAGCCAGCAGAGGUUGGAGUCCCUACACCAGAGACCAUCAACUCAACUCAUUCAGGUCACAUACAAAGGCAGACUCAGGAACCUUUUAAGUCAGGAAGCUCUCACCCAUUCAUCCAGAUUUCCCACCAUAAUGGACGUCCGUCUGUAGAUUCUGUUUCGAAACAAAAUCGAAACAAAACCCUUACCCUGUGUGGAACGUCCAUCAUCGUCCAGGAAAACGGGACCUACUUCUUUUACGCCCAGGUGACCUUCAGGGAAGAUUCACGGGAGAGACGUGUGUUUGUGGAAAGAACUGGCUUUCAUGAUAAGAAAACUAAGACACUGGCUAAGGGCAUCUACCCGGCCUCAUCAGAGAACUCAGUGUGGUUGGCCAAGAUUGUCAAACUUAGACCGUUGGACAGUGUCAGCAUAAACAUAACAGGUGAAAUUCUAAAUGACGAUACCUACUGGGGUGUCAUCAAGCUUCAAUAGAACUGGAGGUCUGGUUGGACUGGUAUGUUACUUGUGGCCCUAAAUAAACAAGUUAGAAUAAAAGCAAACUGGAUUUUUGAGCUAGAUAUUUAAAUUGGAAAUAUUCUGCUCAUCUCCAGCUGCAUAUUUUUAUUCUUGGACUCACGUUUUUAAACAAAGUUUAUUUUUUAUUUUGUAAAUUAUUUGUUUUAGCCAUUUAGCGCCAUUCACUUCUGUCCAAUAAUAAGUGGUUUGUGAGCGCCCUCUGCUGCACCACCAUCUGAACUGCAGACAGUUUUUGUACAGCGAUAGGAAGAUUCCCUCUGUCACCCCUGAUAUGCUCAUAUUAGGAAUGACUGCCUUAUAUCACGUCACACUGACCCCCAAUAGAAUGUAAUACACGGAAUAAUUAUACAUAUUCUGACCUCAUUUUUUUUUUAAAAAACACUGGUAAUGUUUAACAUGUUUAAACUAUAUAUAAAUAUAUAUAAAAGGAAAAGGAAUGGGUCCCCUUUAACUCUCACAAUAUAAAAAAAUACUGCAAGGAUUUGAUCAUGGUCUACAAUUAUUAAAGACUCUGUGGCUAACAUGGAACACUACAAUAAAGAAAAAAAACUCCAUUAUGCAGGUUUUAAUAUAGACUUUACUAACUGGCACCUCGUACUCUUGAUAGGCCACAUCUUCAUAGUAAAUAAAGGUCAAACAAUCGUAUACUGCAUCAGUCCAACCUGAACAGAGUUUUAAAAAUGCCAGCUGGUUCUGAGUUGUUUUUGAAUUUUUAGGCCGACAUGAAUGUAAACUGUGAAAGUCAUUGGAAUAAUUAUGUUCCUUUUCACUGUUAUGUGCUUCUGUAAUUUAUGUAAUUGAGUAUUCUAUUUUGGUUGUUGAAUUCUGCAUAUAGACGUUUAAUAAAGAUUAUUGUA